UAAAAAAAAUGAAGCGCCUCUCUCUCCCUCUCGCUCUCUCUCUCCCCCUCUAAAUUUGGUAGAAGUGGACAACAGAACGGCGGAGCUUAUCCUCCACCCAUCUUUGAGUCUCCAUUUCAUUUUCCCGGGAAACCAUGGUCAGCCUCUGCAACAACUUCAUUGCCGCUCCAUUCAUUCUUAAACCCAUCAAGAACCCAAAACCCUCUUUCCUCUCCACAAAACCCAAAUCCCUUACCUCAAUUUGUAGGGUCGAACACAGACCAAGUGGCACUAAGCCCCACAAACUAACCUCCAUGGAUGGUCCCAGCAAACCCACUCGCAGGAACCCUAGAAGAUCAUCUCACGGCGCCUCCAGGCGUUCAGUUAUCAAGAAAACAUUCAGUCAAGAGCAGGUGAUGUUCACCGCUCCGCUCUCCGACGACCCCGUUGUCGCCAUAAUCGGCGGAGGGAUGUCGGGUCUGAUUUGUGCUCUCAAUCUCGAGAAGAGAGGGAUUCGAUCGACAGUUUUUGACACGGGUGUUCAUGGGUUGGGUGGAAGAAUGGGAACUAGAAUUAUCGAUCCUCAACCACUGAUAUUUGACCACGCGGCUCAGUUCUUUACCGUCAGUGAUCCUCGGUUUGCUGAGUUGGUUGAUGAAUGGUCCAAGAAAGGUCUGGUCACACAGUGGCAGGGUACACUUGGACAGCUUGAAGAGGGUGGUCGGUUUGAUCCACUACCUUCUUCUCCUCCACGAUUUAUAGGAGUUAAUGGAAUGCGCCCCCUUGCAGAUUCAAUACUCUCUCAGACUUGUAUGGUUAAUGUGGUGCGUCCUAGCUGGAUUAGUAAACUUGAGCCGUUUAAUGGGAUGUGGCAUUUGAGUGAGAAUGGAAAACCUCGUGGACAGUUUGAUGCAAUUGUUAUUGCACAUAAUGGAAAAUGUGCAAAUCGUUUGCUUGCUUCAUCAGGCUUGCCACUUAUUGCAAGGCAAAUGAAGAGGCUGGAAUUGAGUUCUAUAUGGGCUCUUCUUGCAGCAUUUGAGGAUCCUCUUCCUAUCCCAGCCAGUGGAGUUGCAUCUGCUUUUGAAGGAGCUUUUGUAAAAGGAGUUGAAUCUGUCUCAUGGAUGGCAAACAACACAAAAAAACUACCUUGUUCUCGGGGCUGUGGCCCUCACUGUUGGACAAUUUUCAGCUCAGCAGCUUUUGGAAAGCGUAACAAGGUUCCGCAGGAAAAUAUUCCAACUGCCACGGCAGAGAAGGUGAAGGCUGCCAUGCUCAAGGGUGUUGAGAAAGCUCUAGGACUAUCAGAAAGUUCACUUCAGAGACCCUUUUAUACACGGGUACAAUUAUGGGGUGCAGCUCUUCCCACUAAUACUCCAGGUAUCCCCUGCAUCUUUGAUCCUCAUGGAAGGGCUGGCAUAUGUGGUGAUUGGCUAUUAGGUUCAAGUUUAGAAGCAGCAGCCUUGAGCGGCAUUGCUCUUGCUAAUCAUAUGGCAGAUUACUUUCAAAGUGGUGGAGCACAUCCAGAUGAGUUUGCUAUCGGAUUACAUAAUGAAUUUCGACCACUUGAAGGACAUGAUAUUGGACAAUUUCCAGGAUCAGAGUCUAAAGGGCAAAUACAUGAGGCUUCAGCCAACUUAGCAGUUAGAGCGUAAAUUUAUUAUUUGAAGAUUAGGAUACUAACAAUGUUUCAUAUGAUUGGGUGAAUGGAGCAGCCGUACAAAGCUACUGUUGUCACAGUAGUUGGGAAGGAAGGCCUUAAGUUUGUAUUGUAAUACCCUUGUGGAGCCGAGAAACAAGGCACCGCAGCACAGUUGUCCAUUUUCUGGGGCAAUUUGCAGACAUAUGAAAUGUCAGAAAGUGGAUGAAGUCUCGAGAUACAAAUUCAGACACAGUAAUUGAGAGCUUCUCUUGAAUCUUAUGGUGUUCGCAGAUUUCCAAACUCAGACAGGCAAACAACUGUACUUAAGCCACGAACCCUUACAGUCACGAACCCUGGAGUUCUCUAAGAUUUUCUUUUUUAAAUUCUCGCCUACAGAUAGAUGCUUCAUCACUACGGCCGUGGAUGCUCAUUUUGUUAAAUUUGUAUAAUUUUCUGCUUGUUUGAUUUAUGUCACGUCGUACAAUUCCCUAAAGAUACAAA